AUUGGAAAGAGGGGGAUUGGUAAAAAAGGGAUCAAAGGGACGGUCAGGAUUAAUGGGCGCACGUCAACAAAAUUAAUUGGCACCACAGACGAUAACUACCCCGUCACGAACUGGGCAAAGUCGAAAGAUCCAUCUGCCAUCAUCAUCAUCAUCAUCAGUAAGCUAAAGAGAGAGAAAAAAAAAAAAAAAAAAGAAGUUCCUUCGAUCUCUCAGUUCUUACAUAAAACCCUUUCUUUUCUUAGAUGAACCUAGGCGUCAUCGUAUUCGAUCAAGAUAGACGAAAUUUCGGGCGAUAGAUAAAAUUUCUGGUACCCAAAAGGGGAGGGAAAAGGGGUCGAAGAAGAGAAGAUGUCUUUAACGAAGGUGAAAAUGUCCGAAGAGGUGUGGCUGACAUGUCUCACUCAUGCAUUGUCUACCGAGACUGAGGAAAUUAUGGGUCUCCUUCUUGGUGACAUUCAGCAUUCCAGAGACGGGAGUGUGAUUGCUUUGAUAUGGGGCGCGUUGCCUCAACCACGUUCUGAUCGGAAGAAAGAUCGAGUAGAGACCAAUCCUGAACAAUUGACAGCAGCAUCAGCAGAAGCUGAGAAAAUGACGUUGACACUUGGGAGAACAACAAGGGUGAUUGGUUGGUACCACUCUCAUCCUCAUAUUACAGUUCUUCCUUCGCACGUUGAUGUGAGGACUCAAGCCAUGUAUCAACUUUUAGAUUCAGGGUUUAUUGGUCUGAUAUUUUCAUGUUUCAGUGAAGAUGCGCAAAAGGCGGGAAGAAUACAAGUUAUUGCUUUCCAGUCUUUGGAUGGGAAGCAACAGCACAGUUUGAGACCUGUCUCUGUGGCCCAUGUAAAUAGAAGUUCGGUUAUAGAUAUUGACUCAUCUCUUAGUUCAUCAGGGAAAACAUCAACAAGAGGAGAUGAAGAAAUUGAUACGGCUGAUUCCAGAGUUAGGUCUGUAGCUUUGAAGAGUGGAAGACGAUCUUCAGACCUGGGGGGUUUCCUUGCUAAUGCAGAUGCCAGAAUGGGCCAAAACAAUCGUUCAAAUGAUUUCAAUGACCCAAGUGCUGACAGUGAUUCCAUGGACCUGUCAGAGAGUAUGCAAGAGGCCAUGCAUCGCUCAACUUUGGAGAUGAGUGGAGCAGAGUAUGUUAGAAAGGAAGUUCCUCUCUUUGUUCUGCCUGCCUCGUCUCUGUUGAAUCUGGCUUCACCCUUGGCAUCUUUCGGGAAAUUGCAACGAGUGAUUUAUGAAGAAGAAAGGACUGCAUUCAAUGAAGCAAUUCUACAAAGUGUAAGGGAUGGAAAAGUGCAUCCACUCACUUAUAUUCACCAUACGUCCACAUAUCAAGCUUCCAUAUGCAAGUUAAUGGAAUACUGUUUGAGUCCUGCCAUUGUUGCUCUUCAGGAUCACUUGACGGAGAAUGAGACUCGGUUAAAGAUGCUAUCAAGUGAAGCCAAGACAUUGGAGAGUCUAAUAUCGAGAGGAGCUGAAUGUUCUAGUUCUCCUAGAAAAACUUCUAGAAAAACAUUGUAGGCAGUAUCUUAGAUGAAGUACAAACAAUGGGACAUUGGAAGGAUUUUUUUGUAAAGGUCUUAAAUGACGACAACCAGUCCGAACAAGGCCUAUAGAAUGCAUUCUGGUUCUAUUACUUUUGUUUCUAAGCAGGAAUUCUCUGUAUCCAACCACCAAAUGGAACUUUGUUACUAGACUUGAGUGGUGCUCUCUCGUCUUGUGCAGCAAUUUUUUAAAAAAAAAACAAGAGCACAAACCCUCGAUAGUUGCCUUCUAAAUAAGGAACGAAACAUUUUCUUGACUAAAUAGGAGUAGUUUCCAUCACAAGUUCCUUCGUACGCAUUUUCUUCAACUACUAGAGUUACAAGGAAUUCCUUUAUACAAAGGAGUGAGCAGCCCCAGUCGGGCUACAAUGGACUUCAGCGACCAUGGCGAAACUAGCAGACAUAGCUCAGCCUUUGCUAGCUCCGCGAGGGGAUUGGCUAAGUGGCAAAGCUGGCACCAUUGUGAUUUAAUUGGAAUGGUGUCAACGUAUAAACAUUUAUUUAGACCGCCUCUCUUUGUAUCCAUAAGGGAAAAGAGAAGAGGCGUAAGGAGGGGAUUAAAUGUGACUUCUGUUUUGUCACAACUUACCUUCUCUAUCAUAAAUGUCGGCUAUUAUAUUUUCCAAAUUUAUGUGCUUUCCAAUAAGAAAAUAAUUGAUAAUUAAUCUCGACAAUUCAUUGUUCCUUUCCCC